AUGAGCUCCGAGGAGAGAAAUUGUAGCUACGAUUUUCUGGAGAUUAUCGAACCUGUAGCUGAGAACGGCACUGAUCGUGCUGCUGAGGAGUGGCUGCUGGAAGACCAUCAUGAUUCCUACAGUGCCGACAAUGAAGUGUGGGAGGAGCCGGAGUAUCUUCUGCCGGAGUCUGACUCGAGUAGCGCGGGGUGGUCACGGGACGCGCACUCCACAAAGGUACGACGACUGUGCGGCGAUUGGGGAGGAAAGGUGAAGCUGCUUCGAUAUCAGUCUAGAGGGAACGAACUGAGACUACGGUUCCGAUCAGACCACUCCAGGCACUUCGCAGGAUACAAGGCCAGGAUCACCUUAACCGAUUCCCAGUCAUGCAUGGAUGUGAAACAAGUUCUAUUCAACAACUACUGCUAUCUCUUUUCUGGGUACCCUCGAGCUUCUUGGAUCACCGCAAAACAGGUCUGCGAAGGUCUAAACAUGCAGCUGGCGUCCGUCCACUCAAACGAAGAAGAGCGCUUCAUUGUCACGGGAAUUAGGCAAAGCAGCGACUACAGCGCUGGAUCGGUCUACUGGUUAGGCGCUAAAGUGGAUAAAGUAAGCGGUGAUAACUUCAGCUGGGUCGAUGGAAGUGCUGUUGGGUACCAAGGCUGGUCGUUAUACAAUGACACCGAAGAAGCCGAAGAGGAAUGCUUAGCAGUACAAUUGGUGCACAAAUAUCUUAUAAGUACUUAAUGUGUAUAGGUAAAGUAUUUUUUCAAGCUUUUUAUGUAACUUGCCUUGUUAGUAUGUUAGUCAUAGGUCCGAUAGAUUUGAAAUUUUGUAUAGACACGUAAGUAAUAUGAUAAUGCAAUAUUAUGGUGUCAGUAAGCUGAUAUAAUUAUGAAGUCGGAAAGUAGUCAUAGGAACUUAGUGAUGAAAUGACGCAACUGCAUCGUGUUUGGGCUCGUCAGAUACGUGUUUAUGAGGGCUUUGAUACUGGAUGCUUUCCAGACCAAGGUUUGAUUCGCGGGGCCAGCUAGUUAAAACAUGGAUGUACAGCUGGUAAUUGUACUAGAUUAUGUAGAUAUAUCAUUUUAUCCAUAGAGAUUCUGAAACAUAACAUUUUACCAACUGAAAUGUUUUAUGGCUACGAGCUGUUUUCCCGCACUUUGCCCUCGUAAAUUAUAACCUAUAUUACCCACGUAUGACGUAGCUUCCCGUACGAAAAUGUAAGAAUUUUUAAAAUUGGUCCGGUAAUUACGAAGCCUUUUCGAGUCAAAAACAAUCAAACAAAUAAAAUCAUAACAAUUGACUAAUAAAUGUAUGGCCUCUGUAACUGUAGAGCAAAAGAGUAAACCACGUGUACUUUCUAGUCCGAACCACCCGAAUCAUUACGACAAUGAUCUAGACUAUUGGGUCCAUAUCAUAGGACCUCCUGAUACUAGGCUGGUCAUCAUAUUCCAUAAGAUUGAACUGGAGUACCAGAAGGAUUGCCUGUACGAUUAUAUUGAGCUUCGUGAUCCAAGUAACAUGAAAUCUUCAAGAUACUGCGGAUCAGUCGGCGUUACGAAGUGGGUGGCAGCUGAUCGUAGAGCGGUGCUGCACUUCCACUCUGACUACAAUAACCAAGGAGCGGGGUUUUCCUUAAGCUGGCAUGCAGUAGAACUGACUGGAUGUCCAUCGCAGACGUUCACGUCAAAGGAGGGAACAAUCAGGAGUCCAAAUUAUCCAAAUUUUUUACUGCCGAACCUAGACUGCACAAUAGAUAUACUGGCACCAGCUGGCAAACGCGUAUUCCUGAACAUUAGUUCCUUCGACUUUGGCUACGGAACUUUCAAAAAUGGUGUUCCCUUCAACUUCAGCAAUGACAUUCCAGAAUAUUCCUUUCUAGAAGUCCAAAUCGAUCUGCAGACUAUGCCGAUCCGACCAUUUGUGGAUCCAAACAUUCUCACUAAUGGCUUGUUUGUGUCACAAUCAGAAAUUUUAAGAUUGAGACUGAAAACCGGGGAAAACGUUACAGGGAUGGGAUUUCUAGCACAUUUUAAGACUGUGGGGUUUCUUAACGUGAGUCAUGUGGUGGAAGUGUGGGCGGGUGGCGGUCAGUUAGCACCUCCCAACUGGCCAGGUGCGGCGCCCGCGCGCGCGUCUCUCUCCACCCGCUUGCUCGCGCUCCCACGACACACGCUAGCACUCGCGCUUCACCGCGCCGCGCUACCACCCGACGAUCGUCCUCACCACGCCUCGCCGUGCGGACCAGGACACGGGUGGAUACAGGUAAAAGACAGCUAUGCAGACAACAACGGCACUGAAUGGAUUCUCUGCGACUCAAACCGAAGUAAAAGGAAGGUGGAGUCGAGUGCUCCACUCGUCAUUAACUCUUAUCUCCACGUGCUGACUGUAACACAACACGCCGAUCCAGAAUAUCACAAUAAGCUGCUACUUUUACCUGACGAGACCAACCUAGAGUCGUGCUACCCAAAUCCUUGUAUGCACGGAGGUCACUGCGUUUCUGAUGACACGAAAGCCAUCUGUCGAUGCGCCGGCUAUUAUACUGGUAUAUUUUGUUCGCUGACGGCGUGCGAGCGUUCGCCGUGCGUAUUCGGCAAUUGCUCGUUGGUGGCGAGUGGAGAGGGUAGUGGAAGUGGGAGUGGGUUUACGUGUGCAUGCGCGCGCGGGUGGCGCGGAGUGCGGUGCGCGGAGCGUGUGCGUGCGUGCGCCGCGCGGCCUUGUAACAACCGCGGCGCAUGCACUGAGCGGGACGGAGGAUUCCUAUGCCAGUGCAACCCCUCCUGGAAAGGGAAGAGAUGUGAGAUCCCAAACCCGACACCGAACAUCGUCGGAUUAGGCACGCGGAUGCUUCAAGAGCCUUUCUGGUUGGGACUGUUCGCGGUCUUCACGGUACUGGGCAUGGUCGGUCUGGUAUGGUGUGCCAAAAGGCAUUUCCCUGAAAAGAUCGAAAAGCUCCUCGCCGAAGAAGCGGACAGAUGCGCCAGGCGUAAGUUUUUCCUUGACUUGUGA